AUGGCAAAAUCAAAAAAUUCAACUAAUAAAAAUUAAAUUUCUAAGUCUCAUAGAAAUGGCAUUAAAAAGCCUAAAAAUGAAAGAUAUAUUUCAUUAAAAGGAGUUAACUCAAAGUUUUUAAGAAACAGAAGAAGAGCUAUUGCAAAUGAUCCUUCAAUUAAAAAGAAUAAAUCUCUUGAAAGAAGAGUAAAAGCAAAAACUGGGAAAUGA